GAUUAAGCCAAACCAAAUCGUCAGCAAGUGAUUUGUAGCACAUAGUAAGCGAGUGAAAGAGACAAGUAAAAUGGGUUCACUAGUGGGCAACGAUGAAAGUUCUCAUAUCUAUGAAAUUAAUGGCGAAGUGGUAUUGCAGAAGGUGGCUCUUCUCCACUUGACGGAUUACUCUGCAACAUUGGCUGACGAGGCUUCCGAAUUGAUGGGGCAAAAAGUUUCUCUUCAGCUUGUGAGCAGCGACCAAGUCGAUCCGGAAACGGGAUAUGGAAAAAUGAUCGGGCAGCCUUCUUAUUUAAAUUGGAGCGCAUGGGACGGACCCAUUUCGCAUGAGACAAGGUACACUAUAAAGUUGAAAUGGAACUCUGCACUUGGAUUUCCGGGUGCAUUUCUCAUAAAAAAUAUGCACCCCCGGGAGUUCUUUCUCAAAUCACUCACCAUGUCUGUCCCGGGUAACGGCGAAGUUCGUUUCCAAUGUAAUUCAUGGAUAGCCCCUUCUUCUGUCAACACAAAUGACCGUGUUUUUUUCGCUAACAAGAGCUUUCUUCCAGAGGAAACGCCAGCGGGUUUGAGGAAAUUGAGGGAGAUAGACUUGAAGUCCCUGCGAGGAGACCGUACCGGAGAAAGGAAGCCGUCGGAUCUUAUAUAUGAUUAUGAUGUCUACAAUGAUAUUGGAGAGCCAGACAAAGAUGCAGAGCUGCGGAGGGAGGUGCUCGGUGGAUCGCAGGAGUUCCCAUAUCCCAGAAGAUGUAGAUCUGGUCGUCCACGCAUUGAAACAGCUCCUGAAUUCGAGACUCGAACAACCUUGAUCUUUAUUCCCCCAGACGAAAGGUUUCCUUAUUCUGAUUUUUCUGACUUUGGAGCUCACCUAAUUAAGGCGUUUGCUAACCUCAUCGUUCCCACUCUCUCUAAUCUCUUCGACCACGCAUUCGACUCCUUGGAGGAAGUAAGCGACCUUUACAAACGAGGAAUCAAAAGUGCCCAUAAUUCUCUCAAGACUCUCCUUCAUUCGAGUAGCCCACUACAAUUUAUCCAAGAAGUCGUCCAAGGCCUAGAGGAUGACAUUCCACUCGUAAAUUUCAGUCGCCCACAAAUUGUCGAAGUGGAUGAGUGUGCGUGGAGAAGCGACGAGGAAUUUGCUCGUCAAACACUUGCAGGGUUGAAUCCAAUGGUGAUCCAGUGCCUAGAAAAAUUUCCUCCGUUGAGUAGCUUGGAUGAAAAGCUAUAUGGUCCGCAGAAGAGCGCCAUCGCAGCUCAACAUAUAGAAAAGAACCUUGAGGGCCUUUCGGUGGAUCAGGCUACUGCUUCGAAAAGGUUGUUUAUUGUGGACUACUAUGAUGCUUAUAUGCCUUACAUUGAUCGCAUAAACAAGCUUUCAAAAGAUGCUAAGACAUAUGCAAGCCGCACGCUUUAUUUCCUCACCAAGGACGGGAUUUUAAAGCCAGUGGCCAUAGAGUUGUGUUUGCCUCCAAUUGAUGACAAUGCGGCUGUAAGAAAGGUUUUUACACCAGCCACCAAGGGAACAGAAGAAGGAGCACUGUGGCAACUGGCCAAAGCCCAUUCUAAAGUUAAUGAUGCAGGCUACCAUCAGCUUGUCAGCCAUUGGUUAAGAACUCAUUGUAUCACGGAGCCUUUCAUUAUAGCUACGCACAGACAACUAAGCAAAAUGCACCCAGUAUACAAACUGUUGAUACCCCAUUACCUCGAUACCAUGGACAUCAAUCAAGCUGCCCGUCAGAGUUUGAUAAAUGCAUCAGGUAUCAUUGAACAAGGCUUUACCCCUGGCAAAUAUUGUAUGGAAAUGUCAUCUAAAGCCUACAAGCAGUGGAAAUUCAAUGAGCAAGGAUUGGAGGCUGAUCUACUCAAAAGGGGAAUGGCAGUUCGUGAUUCAAAGGCACCAAAUGGUUUGAAGCUUGUGAUCGAGGAUUACCCAUAUGGUGUAGACGGUAUUGAAAUAUGGUUUGCCUUGAAACAGUGGGUUUCAGACUAUUUGUCUCUGUACUACAAGGAUGAUGCCUCCAUCAAAAAUGACAAGGAAUUGCAGGCUUGGUGGGACGAAAUAGUAAAUGUGGGGCAUGGAGACCUCAAGGAUGAUCCUAGUAGAUGGUACAAGAUGGAUUCCUUGGAUGAAGCAGUUCAAGUAGUUACAACUAUCAUCUGGACUGCAUCUGCUCACCAUGCUGCAGUCAACUUUGGGCAGUACUCCUAUGGAGGAUACAUGCCUAAUUUUCCUACCAUGAGCAGGCGUCUGAUUCCAGACAAGGGAACACCUGAAUAUGAAGAACUCCUUAAAGACCCAGAGGAAUAUUUCCUUAGAACUGUCUCUGCUCCCACACAAGCCACCCUUGUCAUGGCUGUUUUGGAAAUUUUGUCAAACCAUGCAAAAAAUGAAGUAUAUGUGGGACAGUUGCAGGGAUCCACCAUGGACAGAGUAGAUGAUCCACGUUUAGAAGAAAUAUUCGCAAAAUUUUCAGGAAACAUGAUAAAGAUUGAGAAGAAUAUAAUUGAGAGGAAUAGCAACUGUGAAGUUUACAAGAACAGGUCUGGACCUGCAAAAGUUCCUUACACAUUACUCUACCCCAACACUACUGAUUUAUCAAAAUCAGGUGGUCUCACAGGCCGCGGUGUGCCCAACAGCAUAUCCAUAUGAUAGCGGCAAGACACUCAAUACAUCCUAACCCUUCACAUAAGGCAUUGCCAUUCAGGUUUCAGCUUAGAAUAACCACCAACAAGGCAAUUGAGCAGAAUUGUCAGAAACAUUAAAUGCUAGCUUCUAGCUAUCCUUCAAUCGUGUAUUAAAGUUUUAUUAGUUUGUGUUCCACUUUAGGAGAAAGGUAGUUGUAGAAGUUAACAAAGCGAAAGCGUUUUAGUAUGAAUUUGAUAUACAAUAGAAUUGUGUAAUAUAUUUUUUCAUAAAAAUAAAGAUGUUAUAGUUAAAUUA